AAAGUCUGGGCGAACGUUCAACCGAUAACUGGCACUCGAGUUGGAAUCGCCGCGGAGAACGUAUCGUUUCAGUGUACAGUUUAAAUUCAGAGUAUCGUAAAAUGGCUCACGCAAGAACGAUAUUGUACUUGUGCGUCGUUUUGGCGACGCUGGUGAUUUCAAAAUCGACUCCUCAAAAAACCAUAAAACUGUCAUCCGGCCAUGAGAUACCCGUCGUUGGUUUGGGCACUUGGCAGAUGCCGUCCGAGGCUAUCGACGUGGCUGUGACGUCAGCUCUGGAAAGUGGCUACAGGCACAUAGAUACCGCGUUUACGUACGGCAACGAGGAAGCGAUCGGCAAGGCGUUGAAAAAGUGGUUCGAUAAGGGAAACAAGCGCCAAGAUCUUUUCAUCACCACCAAACUGCCGCCCAUAGGAAUGAGAGGCUCGCUUGUCGAGGCGUACUUGAAGCUUUCCCUGGAAAAGCUGAAUCUGGAGUACGUGGAUUUGUACUUGAUCCACAAGCCCUUCGCUUUCGUCAAGGACAAGUACAAGCACCAGCCGGCUCUUAACGAGGACGGAUCGGUAGUGCUGGAUCUCGAUACCGAUCACCUCGACAUUUGGAAGGCCAUGGAGAAGCAAGUGAAGGCCGGCCGCUGCCGGUCCAUCGGCUUGAGCAACUUCAACCGGACGCAGCUCCUGAACGUGUACGAUCACGCUGAAAUAAAGCCCAGCAACUUGCAGAUCGAGCUGCAAGCUUACAACCAGCAGAGGGAAAUGCGCGAGGUGUGCUCGUUGCGCAACAUAGCGAUCACGGCGUUCAGUACCUUGGGCUCGCCGGGCUCGUCGAGCGACAAGCGCACGCGGAUCUACAAGUCCCUCCCGAAGCUCCUGGACAACCCCAAGGUCAAGCGCAUCGCCGACGCGCACAACAAGACGACCGCCCAGGUGUUGCUGCGCCACGCGACCCAGGCCGGUAUCAUCGUGUUGCCCAAGAGCACGCAUCCGGACCGGAUUCGCCAGAACAUCGGUAUCUUCGACUUUGAGCUCACCGACGACGAGGUCAAACUCAUGAACGGACUCGACAAGGGAGAGCAGGGCAGGAUUUUCCAUUUCUUCAUCGACAAGGGGGUGGAAAAACAUCCGCAGUACCCGUUCGCUACCCAACUGAAGAACGAAAAGAAGACCGAGUAGACAACAAUACAAUAUAUAUAUAUGUAUACAACGUUUAAUCAUGCACAUAUAGGCACCAAUAUACAUUAUAAGCACAUUGCACAUCAGAACAAGUGUCAUAAUAACACACCCGGUGACCGAGAACCUUGUAAUUUACCGUGUGGAUGAUACUUAAUAAACGCUGCCUUUCUUAGCGUCAUUUGAAUAACGUUAAUUAUCAUAUUUCAAAGUUAAUCGGGCGCAGUUAGCUAAAGUGACGAAAAUCCAUCGGCUCAUCGUGUAUAUUGCAUAAAUAUGUAUACGAGCGCGAAAUUAAACGGACCAUUGGGCCUCGCGGGCGUACCGGAUUUUUUCGUGUUUUUUCAAACGCCAAAUAAGCCAG